AUGCGACACGACUACAAGCCCUGGAAGGUGCAGCGACCGGAGCCGAGCUGCAAGCCCAAGAGCGAGUACCAGCCCUCGGAUACACCCUUCGAGAAGGAGACGCAGUACCAGAAGGAUUUCCGCGCCUGGCCCAUCCCCAAGCGGGGCGACCAUCCCUGGAUCCCCAAACCGGGACCUUCCCCCGUCCUCGCCCCGGACCGCGGUUCCCCGGAGAAACCGGCUCAGGAGAAGCGACGGAAGGUGCUCCCCGGUCCCGAGAAGAAGGAGGAAGACCCCGAGGCGGAGGAUGAGCAUCCCAAAGCGGUGCGAGCGGGGGACGGGAGAGAGAAGGGUCGGAAGAGGGCGGAGGAGGCGGGCGGGCAGCCGCCGGACGCGGGCAGGGGCAGGUCCUUCUUCUCGUGGUGGCCUGUGGACCCUGAGGGACCAAGUAAGGACCAGGGCAUCCUUCAGCGGCUGGAUGUCUUCGUAGCACCAACGCUGAUAUCAAACGAGUUCAGACCCUGGGUAGAUGUCAAGCCUGUGAAAGCUAUAAAAGCGAAGGCCCAGUACAAGCCGCCAGAGGAGAAGAUGACCCACGAAACCAGUUACAGCGCUCAAUUCAAGGGGGAAACCAGUAAGCCUGCUCCAGCUGAUAACAAAUUCCUGGAGCGCAGAAGGAUACGCACUCUCUACAGCGAACCCUAUAAAGAACCGCCAAAGGUGGAAAAGCCUAGCGUAAAGCCUUCCAAACCAAAAAAGACCACAACAAGCCAUAAACCCCUGAAAAAGGCCAAAGACAAGCAGAUUGCAUCUGGCCGGGCUGCCAAGAAAAAGAGCGCCGAGACCUCCAACACAGCAAAGCCAGAGGACAAGGAGAAAAGUAAAGAGAUGAACAAUAAACUGGCUGAGGCAAAAGAGACCCCUGACAAAAACACUGGUGCUACAGACCAAGAACCAAGUACCUUAGUGCAGGACCAACGCACAUGAAGUCGAGCACUUUCUUCUGAGCGGCGAUUGGAGCAAACGUAUAGUCUGCAUGAAAUGUGUAUCGUCUGGCUGGCAUACAAUAAAGCUGAUGA